UAUUGCUCGUGCGAACAGCAAUUGACCGUCGUUCUCCGACGCGUGACAACGGAUACUUCAAUAGCAUCAUAGAGAAUAAUAGAUUUGUCUAGUAAAGUGUGUUACGUUGCAUCGUGAAUUCAAAGGUGGAUCAAAGUAAACAUCGUUAUCAACAUGAUAUACGUAAUCGUAUUGUCGGUGAUAGCGGGCACCUUAGGCCUCUACUAUUUUCUCUUCAAGGACUUAAAUUACUUUAAGAAACAUGGAGUACCGUAUGUGAAGCCUUUUCCCAUAGUAGGAAGUAUGGGACCAAUGCUACUCCGUACUCAAUCAAUAGCUGAUUUUGUUAAAUCAUUAUACGAUUCAUAUUCUGACGCCAACUACAUCGGUCUGUACGAUGUGAAGACUCCACUCGUACUGCUACGCGAUCCUGAGCUUAUUAAAUCUGUGACGUUAAAACAUUUUGAUUCGUUUAUGGAUCACAUUGGUGGCAUUUCUGAGAAUCAAGAUAAAUUUUUUGGCAAAAAUCUUAUAUCUCUUCGCGGAGACAGAUGGCGUGAUGUACGAUCCAUAUUGAGCCCGGCUUUCACGUCCAGCAAAAUGAAAAGUAUGUUUAAGCUGAUGUCAAAUUGUGGUGUUGACUUUGCUAGUUAUUUGACGCAAUUGCCACCGGAAAAGAAGAUAAUGGAAAUGAAAAACGUCUUCACGAGAUAUACAAAUGAUGUAAUCGCCACUUGCGCUUUUGGUAUUAAGGUAGAUUCUAUGAGAAAUCCGAAAAAUGAUUUCUUUGUGUACGGUACAGAGGCAACCAAUUUUAGCGGUUUUAUUCUUUUUAAAUUCUUAAUAUUUAGAAAAAUGCCUCAAUUGGCACGAAUACUUAAAUUAAAAUUUAUUCGUGAAAAAAUAGCAAAUUUCUUCCGAGACCUUGUAAAAACUACUAUAAAAACUAGAGAUGAAAAUGGUAUCGUUCGUCCAGACAUGUUACAAUUGAUGAUGGAUAGUAGAGGUAAAAAUGGUAAGGCAGAAUUGGAUAUUGACGAUAUGGUGGCACAGGCGUUUAUUUUCUUCUUUGGAGGCUUCGAAAGUACAUCAACAUUAAUGUGCUUCGCCGCUCACGAAAUCGCGAUAAAUCCAGACAUACAAAAAAGACUUCAAAAUGAGAUUGACCAGGUCCUGGAGAAUACAAAUGGGCAAGCAUCUUAUGAAGCUAUUAAUGGCAUGGAGUAUCUAGAUGCUGUAAUCAACGAGGCUUUGAGGAUGUAUCCGGUUUCCGUGAUAUUGGAUAGAAUAUGCUUAAAUGAUUUCGAACUACCGCCGGCAUUACCAGGAACAAAACCUUUUAUUAUAAAAAAAGGACACGGUAUAUGGAUACCAGUUUAUGCACUUCAUCAUGAUCCCAAAUACUUCAAAGAUUCGGAGAAGUUUGAUCCCGGGCGAUUUCUUGGUGAUCGGAAAAAGGACAGCCUCAAUUGUGGUGCCUACCUUCCUUUUGGUCUUGGCCCCAGAAUGUGCAUAGGUAACAGAUUUGCAUUGUUGGAGACAAAGGUUCUGCUUUUUCAUUUGCUGGCACGUUGCGAUCUGAAACCUUGUGAGAAGACACCACCAAUGCCGAUUAAGUUCUCCAAGGAUGGUUUUCUCUUGAAACCUGAAGGUGGUUUCUGGUUAAAUGUAACGCCAAGGAAAAACACGCAUAACUCUAUUGUAGCUAAUGUUACUAACGGAACAUACUAGACAUAAAAACAAACAUUGGUUUAUCUUUUUAAUCAAAUUUUUACAACGUAUAAUUAAAUGUAUCUUGUUAUUUUGCGUAUUUUAUUUCACAAAUUUUAAUAUUAGUUAGUAUUUGUCAUGUUUGUUAAAAAGAUAAUUAAAAUUUUUUAUGAUUAUGCAAUUAGUAAAUUAUGGCGUAAUUAUAAUCAAGAACAAAACAUAUCGUUAAAUUAAAGUAAUGUGCGCGCGCGCGCGUGUGUGUAUGUUGUGCGUGUGUACCGCAAAGAAUUUAUUUAUAUUAUGUUUGUCAUAUGAGUUAAAUGCAUUUUUAGAAGUACGUUCAAUUAAACUAGAGAAUCAAUAAAUGUUAAUAAAAAUAUUUUAAUGUUUUAUAUAUGUUAAUUCUUUAUAUACUAGAAAUGAAAAACACGCAUAUACACACACACACAAAAUUACGUACAAAAUAUAUAUAAGAUGCUAAAAAUUAUAAAAUCGUAUUAUACUCCAGAUCACGACAUAAUGUUAUAUUGAUUAUUUAUUAGGGUCAUGUUUUUUGACAUAGCCACACUAAGAAAAAAAA